UUUCUUCUCCUGGUUGAAGGAGUAACGGUUUUGUUUUUCAUUCGGUGGAAUGAAGUACGCUUAUUCGUUGUGUUACAUUGCGUUUGGCGUUGCUCUUCUUCACGUCGUAGCUGGACUACAAUGCUAUCAAUGUACGAGUUCGGAAGAGUUACAAUGUGGCGAAUCUCUGCGUUCGGAUACAACUCUCGAACCUUCAACCUGCAACGAAUAUGAUGCAAAAUUUUGCGUCAAAAUGACCGGACUUUUCGAAGGUGAAAUGGGUACGAAGCGCAUGUGCACGUCAGUUGAUAUGGGCAACAUGUGCGAGUAUAUAACCCGACCUGGAGACAAGAGAGAGUACCGUUCCUGUUUCUACACCUGUAGUGCGGAUGGGUGUAAUGGUGCUGCAUCGGUUGGGCUGUCGAUCAGACCGACUGGUGGUCGUGGAGGGGCUUCCAACGUGGGAGAGAAAAAGAAGAGGGAGAGUAUUUUGGAUCUCAGCAAAUAUUUGGACAAAGCCAUUCGUGUCAAGUUUGGAGGAGGUAGAGAAGUUUCCGGCGUCCUGAAGGGAUUCGAUCCGUUACUUAACCUUGUGCUUGACACGACGACGGAAUACGUCAGAGAUCUCGAUGAUCCUUUCAAACUGACUGAUGAUACAAGGCAGUUGGGUCUGGUCGUUUGCCGAGGAACUGCAAUCGUCCUCAUCUGCCCCAUGGAUGGAACCGAAAGCAUACCGAAUCCUUUUUUGCAGCCCGAAGGAUAAAUUUUGUUGUUUAUAAUUGUGGGCGUGUACGAAAUGAAUGCUUUUUUCCACGUGAA